AUGAAGGGUGUUCAGCAAUUUGGCAGAUGGGGAAAACUUACCCCGAGAUACAUUGGUCCAUUCAGGAUUGUUGAGCGUGUUGGAGCCAUAUCGUAUAGGCUAGAUCUUCCAACAUCGAUUUUGGGUGUACACGAUAUUUUUUUUGUUUCGAUGCUCAAGAAGCAUUUACGCGAUAAGGAGCAGCAGAGGGUGAUUGAUGCAUCAGAGUUAGAGAUUCAGGCAAAUUUGGCCACCAUUGAGAUUCCAGUUUGCAUCCUUGUCAGGGAGGAUAAGAAGCUUAGAAAUAAAGUGAUUCAUUUAGUGAAGGUACAGUGGAAUCGGAAAGGAGCUGAGGAGGCUUCUUGGGAGCACGAGGAGGACAUGCAUCGCGACCACCCUCACCUGUUUGAGCAGGUAAAAUGA